CUGGCUGCUCCAGUCGGGAUGGCGGUGACUGUGGUGGUGGAGCCCGCGGGCCGCGUGUGCUGGGACGAGCCCGUGCGCAUCGCCGUGCGCGGCCUGGCCCCCGAGCAGCCCGUGGCGCUGCGCGCGUCCCUGCGCGACGAGAAGGGCGCGCUCUUCCGGGCCCACGCGCGCUACCGCGCCGACGCCCGCGGCCAGCUGGACCUGCAGCGCGCGCCCGCGCUGGGCGGCAGCUUCGCGGGGCUCGAGCCCAUGGGGCUGCUGUGGGCCAUGCAGCCCGACAGGCCCUUCUGGCGCCUGGUCAAGCGGGACGUGCAGACGCCCUUGCAGGUGGAGCUGGAGGUGCUGGACGACCCCGAGCCCCACGAGCCCCAGGAGUCCGCCGGGCCCGAGGGCGGGCGGGUGCUGGCGCGCGCGGUGCACGAGCGGCACUUCAUGGCGGCCGGGGUGCGGCGGGUGCCGGUGCGCGAGGGCCGGGUGCGGGCCACGCUCUUCCUGCCGCCAGGACCUGGGCCCUAUCCAGGGAUUGUGGACCUGUUUGGAGUUGGAGGAGGCCUUCUGGAGUAUCGAGCAAGUCUGCUGGCUGGGAAGGGGUUUGCUGUGAUGGCGCUGGCUUAUUACAACUAUGAUGACCUCCCCAAGGGCAUGGAUGUCAUCCGUAUAGAGUACUUUGAGGAAGCUCUGAACUUCCUACGCAAUCACCCUGAGGUAAAGGGUCCAGGCAUUGGGCUCCUUGGGAAUUCCAAAGGAGGUGAAAUUGGCCUUGCUGUAACCUCUUUCCUGAAGGGUGUCACAGCUGCUGUCAUUAUCAAUGGCUCUGUGGCUGCUGUUGGGGGAACCAUACACUACAAGGAUGAAUCUGUGCCCCCUGUGAGUCUGCUCAGAAAUCGAGUCAAGAUCACCAAAGAUGGCAUCAUGGAUGUGAUAGAAGGCCUGCAGAGCCCUCUGGUAGAAGAGAAGAGCUUCAUUCCUGUGGAGAGGUCUGACACCACCUUCCUGUUCCUUGUAGGUCAGGAUGACCACAACUGGAAGAGUGAGUUCUAUGCAAAUGAGGUCUCUAAGCGCCUAGAGGCCCAUGGGAAGGAAAAGCCCCAGAUCAUUCUUUACCCUGAGGCGGGGCACUAUAUUGAGCCCCCUUACUUCCCUUUGUGCAGGGUUGGCAUGCACCUCCUGGUUGGUGCUAAUAUCUUGUUUGGAGGGGAGCCCAAGGCUCAUGCAGUGGCCCAAGUGGAUGCGUGGGAACAACUCCAGACUUUCUUCCACAAACACUUGGGUGGAAAGAAUUAAGGGGAUUCUCCAGAAAAGGUAGCUCAUUCCUUGUUGGUUUGGAUUAGAAGAUUUAAUAAUUUCUAGGAACUUCAGUUUAGAUUAGUUAGUUCCUCCUUAUGUGUCAGAGGA